AUAGAAUAGUUUCAUGUCUGUUUGGAUGGCAGCCCAGCUGCAACUAUGCUCCGCUGCAUGACUGACAGUGGGAUGUGGGCUUUUUCUCCCCAAGAAAAACCUUUAAGGCCGGUCACGUUCAGACUGUGAGCAGUUCCACUCCAGCAGGCUUCGGAGGCGGUUGGCCCAGCUGUUCUCACAGAGCAACACAGAGACUAAGUCAGAGUGAAUGAAAGUGUGGACCGAGACAGAGGGUUUGCAGGGACAAGGACCACAACAGCGAGCAGUUACCAUGAACCCAAGCGGAAACAUUUGAACUGGCGCUGUCCAAGAGAAUGGGUGCUGAGCUGAAGUAAGGUGGCCUCGGACAGAAUGGCGACCCCUCAGAGCAGCUCCAGGCAGAGCAGUUCGCUCUCUUCAUCACCGAUGAGUACCCGCAUGCAGUCCCUGCAGGUGGACUCUGUGCAGCGCUGGAUGGAAGACCUCCGGCACAUGACGGAGGUGGAGUGCAUGUGUGUCCUCCAGGCCAAACCCAUCGGGGUGGAGGAGGACUCCCAGCAGGGAGAACUGAUUGUGGCCUCCGGGGUCGGUGCAGGGGAGCACGUGGCCAGGAACAACCUGCAGACACUCCUUCGCAGAGCGCUGGUGGUCAGCACGGAGCUGGGGAAGAUGUUCCAGAGGCUGGAGAAGGGGCGCUGGCAGAGGGUCCACAGCACGGCCGUACGGGCCAACUGCCACGUGCGUUCACUGGUGCAUGAGUACAGCGCUGCCAGAAGCACACCGCCUGAGAUGCAGAAGUAUGAGAAAUCGCUGCUGGAAAAGUGUAUGGAACUGACUAACAUUACAGAGAGGUGCCUCCACACUGAUGAUGAAUUCUUCCUUAAGUCCAUGAGGGAGGCCAUCCACGAGAUCCUCACAGACGUCAGUGACUCCUUCAGCAACAUGAUUGACAUGGCUUUAGCCAAUGAGAUCCGGGUCCUCAUCAAACAGAUCGAAUCAUCCGACAGCGUUCACACCAUCGGCAGUGCCAUUAGCAACCUGCUGUCCCUUACGCAGGACGGGCCUCAGCUCUGCAGCAUCAUCGCCAAGGAAGGAGCUGUGGUGGCCCUGUUUAAGAUCUGCAGGCAGGACCGCUUCAGAGACCUCUACGCUCACGCUCUGAGAACAGUGGCCUCCAUCUGCUGUGUGGAGGAGGGCAUCAACCAGCUGGAUAAGGUGGAUGGGAUCCUGUGCCUGGCGGACAUCUUGACUGAUGAAAGUAGCGUGGAAGCAGCCAGGGCCGAGGCGGCGGCGGUGGUGGCUCAGAUCACAUCGCCUCACCACACAUCCACCCAGCACCUCGCCAGCUUCCUGGAGAGCAUGCACGACAUCGUCACGGCGCUCAUCAAGUUGUGCGAGAGCGCCUCCUGUGGGGAAGUAUUCCUCCUGGCGUCUGCAGCCUUGGCCAACAUCACCUUCUUUGACAGCAUGGCCUGUGAGAUCCUCCUGCAGCUCAACGCCAUCCAUAUCCUGAUGCAGGCCUGCAAAGACCGCCAGAGGGUCGACACGCCCUACUCCAAAGACCAGGUAGUGACCAUCUUGGCAAACCUCUCAGUUUUAGAGCAGUGUGCUUCUGAAGUCCUACAAGAACAAGGAAUAGAGCGCCUGCUGCUCUUGCUGGGAGAAAAACCCUCCUCCCCCAGUCCAUCAGAGGGCGCUGCCUGUGAGCGUGUCCAGCAGAAAGCAGCAGUCACAUUGGCCCGUCUGAGCAGGGACCCUGAUGUGGCCCAGACAGCCAUCCAGCUAAAAGCUGUUCCUCGUCUUAUUGAGCUGUGUCGCUCCCCUACUGAGAGAAAUAACAGUGACUCGGUGCUGGUUGCUUGCCUGGCUGCUUUGAGGAGGCUGGCAGCAGGAUGCCCAGACAGCAUUGAGGCAGCCGACCACCAGCAGCUGAUCAAACCGCGGCUGGUCGACUCCUUCCUGCUGUGCUCCAACAUGGAGGAGAGCUUUGUAUGACGGCUGACACAAUGAGAGUGAAGAUGUUAACUCAAAUGCAUACAACAUCACGUAUCAGCAUGUACUUUGAUAUUUCACAAUUGAAGCUUUGUUCGCUAUUGAUGUCCUGACACGUCAAGAGACUUUCCAAAUUCUGAGAGAGAACACAUAUUUGUUAAUAUGUAUAUAAAGGUGUUGCCAAGUGCAAUGCUGCUGUGAAUGUGUACUGUGUUCCAGGAAAAAAAAAGGGCCAUUUGUUCGUUUUAUUCCACACAGAAUUUCAUAUAAGGGCUUAUAGCAGUAAUUAUUUUGUAGGUGCUACAUUUUAAAAAUGGAAGUAUAGCCUCCUCUGAAAUGAAACACUCUGUAUUCAACCGCUGUGCAAUUUUUGUUCUUACCAAGAGAUAUUGUUUCCAAAGCAUUUUGGCUGCUCAUGAAGAGAGGCACACUGUAAAACUCCUCUGACAGAAAUGUUAAUCUGAAGUUUUUCUUUUAACUAUUUGAUGUCUGGUUAAACCUUCUCCGCUAUUUAAAAAUAUUGUCCAAAAAAAAGGUGUUAAGCCAGAGACACUUUUAUUUAGAUAACCAUUCACAGUUAAGUUAUUACAGUAGACUGUUGAGUACCUAAAUCCAAAAGUCACUGUUAGUAUUUAAACAUUUAUACAAUAAAUUGUUCCUUACUGUGCAUUUUACUUCAUAUGGUUAUUUUCUUGAACAUAUUUGUUGUUAACCCAGAAUAUUCCAUUUGCUACUGGAUAAUGAAUCAUAAAGAACUUUUUGAGUAUAAGAAAUGUGUUUUAUUUAAAGAGAAUUUCCAUUAUUGUAUGCAAUGCAUGGAAUAAAGGCAAUCAUCUACA